GCAACAUCAUAGCUACCAAAACCAAAUUCGCAAACACGUGGAAGAGUAAAGUUUCGUAAAAGGCCGAAGCCGAAGAGUUUCUUUGUUUCACUGUUUUGUGAGCGAAAUAAUAAAUUAUUACGUCGUGUUUCGUGGUCCUGUUUUUAGUUUGUUGUAGUUUUUAAAGUCGAGGCUUGACUAGUUUUCAUUUUGAUGCUUAUUUUUGAUGGAAUCGAUGUCUGAAAGUGAAACGGAGACUACAGUCCGUGAAGAUGGUCGUAAUAUUUUUGUCAAUGACAACUACUUGCACCUGCAAAGUGUCAGAAGAGCCAAACAUGAGGACUACGUGGCGCAAAAAUUCAAUGGUCUCCAAAAAGCCGGAUUGCUGUGGUCUAGACGAAUUCCAAAGGUCCAAGAACCCAUAAAACCCAAACUUCACUGGGAUUUUCUUUUGGAAGAAAUGAUCUGGAUGUCCACGGAUUUCUCGCGAGAGCGCAAAUGGAAAAAGGCGGCAGCUCAAAAAAUCUCUCGAACGAUUCAUAAGUUCUUUCAUGAUAAAACUUUGGCCGCUCAGAGAGCGCAAAAAGAAAACGAGCGUCAUAUGAGACUGGUAUCGAAUUUGAUAGCAAAAUCAAUAAAGGAUUUUUGGAAUAAUAUUGAGAUGCUUUCAUUACAUAAGCAAUUGAUUAUUAUGGAGGAAGCCCGCAAGAAGGAAUUGAAUCAAAAAUUGAGCAUCAUUGUCAAUCAAACAGAGCAGUAUUCACAUAAUAUUGCAAAACAAAUCAAUAAAUCCGUUUCUACAACUUCAUCCGAUGAUGAUGCGGAAUUUAUGGACACUCAGAGCGAUGAAGACAUUGAAGAAACUUUAGAGGAAGAGGAAAAAGAUUUAUCGGAGGCGGACCAAGCAAAGGAAGUUGAGGCUUUAGUAAAGGAAUCUAAAAUGCAAUUAGAUGACGACUUUUUGAGGGAAUAUCUUUUAAAUAGAGAUAAUAUUCGACUCAGCUCGAACGAAUCUGACGACGAUUCUGAUGACGAAUUUGUAGAUAAGAAUUCUAAACGACGUAAAACUCUAUCAAACAGAAAUGAGGAAUUUGGUAAUUUAGAAAGUAUCCUACAAAAUGAUCCAAACGACAAACCAGAUAAACUUCUCAAUGACGCCGCGGCAAUAGCGGAAAGCAUAAAACCCAAUGGCAGUACCCUUUCUUCCACUACCGUUCUAACCAAAGUACCUUUUUUACUAAAAUUUCCUCUUCGAGAGUAUCAACAUAUUGGUUUGGAUUGGCUCGUUACCAUGUACGACCGCGAGCUUAACGGUAUUUUGGCUGACGAAAUGGGAUUAGGUAAAACCAUUCAAACCAUCGCUCUAUUAGCGUACUUGGCCUGCGAAAAAGGUAAUUGGGGGCCACACUUGAUCGUAGUUCCCACCUCAGUCUUGCUCAAUUGGGAAAUGGAGCUGAAAAAAUGGUGUCCGGCUUUCAAAAUUCUUGCCUACUAUGGCUCCCAAGCUGAUCGAAAACUGAAGAGAGUUGGUUGGGCCAAGAUCAACACUUUUCAUAUAUGUAUCACUUCAUACAACUUGAUUAUUCAGGACCAGCAGAGCUUUAGGAGGAAAAAGUGGAAAUAUUUGAUUUUGGACGAGGCUCAGAAUAUUAAGAAUUUUAAGUCUGAGAGGUGGCAAUUAUUGUUAAAUUUCCAAACCGAACGCAGAUUGUUGUUAACGGGUACACCUUUACAAAAUAAUCUGAUGGAGUUGUGGUCUCUGAUGCAUUUUUUGAUGCCUGCUGUGUUCCAAUCCCACAGAGAGUUUAAGGAGUGGUUUGCCAAUCCUGUUAGCGGUAUGAUUGAAGGGAAUAUGGAGUAUAAUGAAAAUAUUAUUGAAAGACUGCAUAAGGUGUUAAGGCCAUUUUUAUUAAGACGUCUAAAAUCAGAAGUAGAAAAACAGUUGCCAAAAAAAUAUGAACACAUCAUAAUGUGUCGACUAUCAAAAAGACAACGCUUUCUUUAUGAUGACUAUAUGUCCAGAGAACAGACACGGGAAGGUCUUGCCGGAGGCACUCUGUUAAGAGUUAUGAACAUUCUAAUGCAAUUAAGAAAAGUGUGCAAUCAUCCCAAUUUAUUUGAAGACAGGCCAGUUAAAUCGCCCUUUCAAUGUGAUAAUUAUACAUUGUUCAUACCGUCUAUUGUCUAUUCUGCUAUUGAACAUGAUAUAAAUAAGCAUCUCAAUUUGCAUGCACUUAAUUUAAAGUUGGUAUUGAUAGAAAUGUACAUUUCUUCUUAUCAAUUUUUUCGCUGCAGUCAAACGAUCAAUAAAACAACAGAGCAAAUCGCAAGUGCUAUUAGUCAAUCUUCACUACCCAAAGCGCCGCAGUGCAAGAUUCGAUUAGUAGUUCCCAAAGUCGCAAAGGAAAAAGAGAAGAAUGUCCUUCAACCGCGUAAUUCUAAUAAUAUCGAGAAAGAAGAAGAGAAAAAAGCGAAAACCAUAGGUCUGAAGAUCCUCGAUCAAUUUUUUCCGAAACAAAACAACGUUGGAAUGCCUAAUAAUAAUAAUAAUAACUUUGAUAGUUCCGAAGAUAAUACAAAUCAGCAACAACCGGGGCAACAACUGUCCGAUGAUUUAAAAAAUAUACUUAGAAUUAAUAAACGACGUUGUAUGGCUGAGCCGCUAUAUGGCAAAGACUUUAGAGAGACUUGCAAAAUUUUUUCACCUAACAAAAUUUUCGCAUGGGCUUGUGGCCGUUUAUACUGUUUAAAUGUUCUCCAUAAUAAAAACUAUACUUAUCAUAGUAAUUUUCUGAAAGAAGCUUUGCAUAAUCCAACGAGGAGGAUCGAAGCAUUAAAAGAUAUUUUCGAUAGAUUCAUAUUAUAUAUACCGACAGUAAAUUCCAAAGGACCCGACAUCCGUGUAUGUCGUCCAUCGCCUAGCCUUUACUACACCAACCAACGACAACAAUAUCUUCUUCAACAAAUAUUUUCUAAACCAAUUAUUCCAUUACACCGAAUUGCCACAGCAAUGAUGUGUCAAUUCCCGGACGCCAGAUUAAUUCAGUACGAUUGCGGCAAACUGCAGAAACUUGCUGAAUUACUAAGAAAAUUGAAAAAUGAGAGUCAUAGGGUGUUGGUUUUCACUCAGAUGACUAAAAUGUUGGAUGUGUUGGAAUUUUUUUUCAACUAUCAUGGGUAUAUUUAUUUGAGAAUGGAUGGGACGACAAAGAUUGAUCAGAGACAGAUUUUAUUAGAUAGAUUUAACAACGACCAGAGAAUAUUUGCAUUUAUAUUAUCAACACGAUCAGGAGGCGUCGGCAUUAAUCUAACAGGGGCCGACACUGUAAUAUUUUAUGACUCUGACUGGAAUCCCACUAUGGACGCUCAGGCCCAAGAUCGUUGUCACAGGAUCGGUCAGACACGAGACGUCCAUAUUUAUCGACUAAUCAGUGAAAAAACAAUAGAAGAAAAUAUUUUGAAGAAGGCAAAUCAGAAAGAAAUUCUCUGCAAUCUAGCAAUAGAUGGCGGUAACUUUACAACAUCGUAUUUUACAAAUCAUAGUGCAAUAGUUGAGGAAUUGUUCACCAUUGAUCAAACAUUGGAUUCUGCCGAAAAGCGCAUUGGAAAGAAAACUUGUGAUAUUGAUUCAAUAAUGAAUGACAAAUUGAAAAGUUAUGAAAAAACGCUGGCUGCUUGUGAAGAUGACCAAGACUUUCAGGCUACCAAAUAUGCUGAAGCAGAAGCUAUGGCAAAUUUGAUGGAGUUUGAUGAAAGUAUUCCACCUAAAACUUUCAAUAAUAAGAACAAAGAAGGAGAAGUAAGCAAAGAGUUACAAGAGAUCAAUGAAUUAAUUGGAAAGUUGUCCGCAAUAGAAAAAUACGCCCUACGCUUCAUAGAACAUACUCCAUUGCAGAGUGCAAAUCCCUUGACCGCGAAAUCAAGAAAACAAAUCGAACUAAAAAAACGUCUAUUGGAAUUCAACCAAAAAAGGGCCUCCCAAAAAAACGAAGAAAAGCUUGAACAACAAGAACUAGAAGAAAACAAAACUAUCAGCCCGGAAGACUCUAAAAAGGUGAAAACUAAAACUGAAGGAAAAUUGUUGAAGAGAAAAAAAGAAACUGAACCAACUAAACAGAUGCCUAAAAGAUCUAAAACUAAAUCGGAUAAUACAGACAUUACAAUGUCUUCAAAAUUGAGAUCAAGUAUCAGAUUGAAGCGUAAAAAUAAUGAAAAAGCUAUUUCUUCGAAGUCAGAUGAUGCAGAAGAAAAAACAGUUAUAAAGGACACACAUUGAAAAAGAUAUGUAAAUUACCAAAACCUGAACCGCUAUAGAUAUUAUUUAGUUUUAAUUCUUUUUGGGCCAAUAAAAUUAAACUUUUACUGCAACAUUCUGGAUAUUUUCGAAUACGACUGUAUUUCAGCAACGUAAAGGAAACUUGGAAAGUCCGAUGGUGACUUUCCAUCUUGUGACUUAAGCAUCUUGUUAUUUUUUCAAUGGUAAUUUUGUAUAGACAUAAAAAUCUAGUUUGGCCUUAAGUUAAAAGCAAAUUAGUUAGGAGAGGGGUUUGGUAUUGGCUAUUUGUUAAUCUCAAGAGGAUAUAAGAGUAUGUACAUUGCAUAUUUUUUUGGCCUUUAUACCUUGAAACGAUUCUGGUAAUACGAAUAAAGCGCAGCUCAUCGGAAAUUUAUUUUUUGAAGGAUUGCUGUUAGAUACUAAUUUUAUUGGCUCAUAAUAGUUAAUAUUUUAUGGCUAAGUGUUGUUUCGGUUAUAUAAGAAUGUUUUUAUCUUAAUUUUGUUGUCCUACGCAAAGUGUGCAGCUUGCCUAUAUUAAUAUGAAUAUUCACAGAAUUCAUUAUCUGAACAAGUAUGUCUGAACUAUCUAUAUUCAAAUGCUUCAAAAUUCGUUGAAGGAAAGAUGCUUUCGUUAAUUUAACAUGAUGUUUUUUGGCCAGCUGCACAAAGUACAUACUAUUAAAGUGAAUAACAUAAUUAUUUAGUUUAUUUUAUGUUAAUUUGAAAAAUAAAUAAAGCGGUUCUCACACUUC